GAUUCAGAAUCCAUCAUUAUUACUCCCUCCGUCCCAUAAUUUACUUUCAUAGUACAAAUGGUACACAGAUUAAAAAAGUGAGUUUUGUGUGGUGGAUAGUUGUACAGAAGAGAGAAAAAUGUGUAAGAAUUGCUGUGAAUUACAAAUUCUUUGUCAAAAGGGAAAGUGAAGUUCUUUUUUGGGACGGAUGAAAAGAGAAAUUUUAGAAGUAUUUUCAAGGAUGGAGAGAGUAUAUUGAUCGAUUGGGUGCAAAUUUGCAAAUUUUUCCUAUAUAUGCAUUGCCGCCGCAUCAGCACAAUUCGAAGAGCUAGCUAGCUUAUUACAGUAAUUGUUUCUACAUAUAUACAUAUAUACUCGGGUCUUAGCUGAGCUUAAUUAUUCUACAGACUACACAUAUACAUCGAUCUUAAGGAAAAGUAUAUAAAAUGGGCGGAGAUGAUGAUUAUGCAGCGGUGAUGAGGAACAAGCAAGUGGUUCUGAAGACGUAUGUGAAAGGAUUGCCGAGAGAGGGCGACAUGGAGGUGAGAAUGUCCAGCAUCUCGUCUCAAAUUCCUCAAGCUGCCGUUCUGGUGAAGAAUAUGUACUUGGCAUGUGACCCUUACCUCAUCCACCGAAUGUCUCAACACGAUCACUCUGAUAAUAUUGACUUGCUCCUUCCCUUCAACCUUGGAUCUGUAAUCGAGGGAUUUGGCGUAUGCAAAGUCCUUAAAUCAAGCGACCCAGGUUUCAAAGCGGGAGACCAUGUUUGGGGCAUUACUGGUUGGGAAGAAUACAGCUUGAUUAAAAAUCCCAGCAUUUUGUUCAAGAUCCAACCAAAUGUACAUGAUGAUGGUGAUGUGCCAUUAUCCUACUAUACUGGCAUUUUAGGGAUGGUUGGACUUACAGCUUAUGUUGGGAUCUUCAACGUAUGCCGCCCUAAAGAAGGGGAAGUUGUGUACGUUUCCACCGCCGCUGGAGGGACGGGUAUAAUCGCCGGACAAUUUGCAAAAAUGUUGGGUGCUCAUGUGGUGGGAAGUACCAGUACUGACGAAAAGGUCGACAUUCUAAUCAACAAAUUGGGGUUUGAGAAUGCUUUCAAUUACAAACAAGAGACUGAUUUGGGUGCCGCUUUAAAACGGUGUUGCCCCCAGGGCAUCGACGUAUACUUCGAUAACGUCGGUGGCCCGAUGUUGGAUGAGGUAAUCAGACACAUGAAUCAUCACGGUAGAAUCGGCAUAUGUGGAAUGAUAUCUCAAUACUCUCUGAAAGAGCCUGAUGGUAUCCACAACUUGUUUCGGAUCAUUACAAAAUGCUUGAGGGUGGAAGGGUUCACAGAAGUUGAUAAUUGGCAUGUUGUCCCAAUGUACACGGAAUGGGUGCUUCAGAAAUUGAGGGAGAAAAAAUUGGUAUACAUUGAAGACAUUUCUAUGGGGUUGGACAGUGCACCAUCUGCUCUAGUUAGUAUCUUUAAUGGAAAGAACAUUGGGAAGAAGGUUAUCUCGCUUGCUGCUCAGUAAAACGUCGUUUCGAUAUUGAUAGAUUGUGUUUCCAAUGAUUCAUUUUGUGAUGUGUGUUUUUCCUAUUUUCACUGUCGAAUUAAGAAAUAAGAUAAACAAUUUCUCUAAGUUUUAUCAAUCAAUUUAUGUUCUAUCUUUGUAUCAAGUGAUUUGAAGUUCUAUAUAUUGACUCCAUAUUGGUAUUAAGUGACUUGACGUGGGCAGUGAAUCA